CGCCCGUUGUCCGUCUGAGCCCCGUCUCGCCCGUCCUCGACGCUUACACGUUCUUUCAACGUUCUUCACUCUUUCUCGCAGUCGUCGAGUGUUCUUCAGAAACUACUUUACCUCCUCAACUCUUUGACCUAGUCAUACCCGCACUAACAACAAUGCGUUCUGUCUUCGCCGCCCUCUCGCUCGCCGCUUCGGCUCUCGCCUACUCCAUCAGCGAGCCCACUUCUACUCAGGAUUGGACGACCUCAGGCCCCAACGUAGUCUCUUGGGAGCGUGUCGAUACUGACGCGUCCAACUUCACCCUCGUCCUCGUCAACCAGGACACGAGCAUCAUGCCCUCGGGAAGCGAGGUCUUGGUUGCCUAUGUCGACGGCACCGCUGGCACUGUCACCGCGAGUGCGCCCAGCGCAGGAUGGCCUACCGGUAGCGGCUUCCAGGUCAACUUCGUCAAGGACACGACCAGCUUGAGUACUAUCUACGCGCAGUCGAACCAAUUCAACAUUACGCAAUCGACCUCGUCUGCUGCUUCCAGCACUUCCGCCUCUGCGUCUGCUUCGAAGUCCUCCGUCGCUUCCGGCUCUACCACUGGCACUUCCUCGAAGGCGACAGGCUCUGCUGCUUCCGCUAGCGGCUCCGCCACCUCCAGUGACGCUAGCCCCUCUGCUACCACCAGCAGCUCUGGUGCUGGCCGCGUCGAGGCUGGCUUGUUCUCCGUCUUCGCUGGUGCCCUUGCCAUGCUCGCAUUCUAAACGCACUAUUCACCUAAUUUCCUCACAUAUCUCAUCCGUGUUCUUUUUAGUACGUACGAGAAUUGUUUGAGGUCUAGUCUGUUUAGCCUUGAUUCAGUAGACUUUCUUCCCGAUGUGACGAUCGCCGGACCUUGACGUACCUCCCUCCCCUCAGCACUAUUCUUCCUUUCUUUUGGUUGGUUUCAGCUUCGCCUGUUGUUUUGUGUAUGCCACUUCACUCUCUUAGUGCGUACGCGUUUUUUGGGUAUUCAGUGAUUUACGAUACAGUCUCGACGCUCGUACUGGGUUGUUCGAUGUAUUGGACUUUGUUAGCGCGUCGUGUGUUAUAUACAUACUUCUACGCCUAUCUCCUCUCCCGUUACUCGGCGGUAUGUUUACAAACAUCAUUAUUUGAGUCCGAUCAUGUUGUUGAGUAUACCACCAGCCCUUCGGACGCAGGGUCAAGGGCUAGAGGUGGUUGGACUGAAAGAUGUCCAUCUGUUUAGCAGUACGACAACAACCCUUUGCCAGCGCUAGAGCCAUGUCUUCGUGUUCGCCUUGUUUUUCCUGAGUUGG